UUCCUUAUAGUAGGCUAGAAGAAGAAGAAGCAGCAGCCACGCAACGCCGCUUCCCCUUCUGGCUGUAAUGGCGAUGGCGGCGACGUCGGCGAGCGGCGGCGCCGGCUGCUUCCCCAGGCCUCCUCCCUCCGGCGGCGAGGAGAAGAAGCAAGAUGAGGAGGGGCAAUGCUUUCUGGAUGGAAUGGACUUGCUCAAGGAUGCGACGGAGAACAAGCGCUUCCUCCCCACGGGCCUUCAAGGGUACUCCUAUCUUCAAUCGUCGACGCGCUUCUUGGAGGCGGCCUGCGCCAAGGUCAGCUCACUGAAAUAACCGGCCAAUCGUCCUCCGGUAAAACACAGGUCUGUCUUUGUUCUGCUUCACAUGUGGCAGCCAGGCAGUUGGGUGUUGUUAUGUACUUGGAUACUAGCAAUUCCUUUUCCCCUAGCCGCAUUGCUCGAAUAGUUGAUGGAUUCCCCAUCUCUUUGGUCAGAGAGCCAAAGAAUGUGCGACUCGAGAGGGUCAUGAGCAGCAUCAUUUGUAAGUCAGUCUUUGAUAUAUUCGAUUUGUUUGAAGUGCUACAUCAACUUGAAUUGUCACUGAAGAGCAAGGUAAACAAUGGGGGUAACAAGAUAUGCUUGCUUAUCAUUGACUCAAUAUCGUCUAUACUUGCUCCCAUCAACGGUGGGAAGUAUCCACGAGGGCGAUCGAUGAUGAUAUCAGUGGCUAUGAUUCUAAAGAAGCUAGCAUAUGAGCAUAAUCUAUCUGUUCUGGUUACUAACCAUAUGGUUGCUGGGAAUGGAGCUCCCAAGCCUGCUCUUGGUGAGAGCUGGAAAACUGUUCCACAUGUCCGCUUGGUGAUAUCUCGUGAGCGUGGUAGCAAAAUCUGCGCAGCAACUGUGCUGAAGCACACACUACUGGCUUCGGGCCGUGUUAUGAAAUUUGCCGUACCAAGCUGAAUUCAGCAACUUGAUGCUUCAUAUAUAACCAGAAGGGAACUGAUCUUUGUAGUUCAAGCUAUAGAAAGAACUUCACCCGUAAGGGUAACCUUUUGAUUUACCUUGGCUUUAUGUUCCAGGCCAUUUGUAUAUUAAUCCAAUGGUUUUUGCAUGUUGCCUGCGUCCGUGGUAUCACGCUUAACUGAUCCAUAUAUAUAGUUUCUUGGUAAACUGAAUGUAUCAGAAACAUUCAGUUUUCAAGUUUUUGUUUCUUCAAUUAUUCACUGUGAAUACUGGAAAAUGGUAGUUUCCCAUCAGUGGAUAAAAUUGAAUGAAAUUAUAUUUGUUCCUUGUU